UCCUCACCAUUCAAACAGAGAGGAGGUUUCCGACCACACAGUGAGAUGGGGUGCUAAAUUCGAGUUCGACUGUAAAAUGAGUGCUAAUGCUUCCACCGGUGUUCUAGAUCCUUGUUUGCUCAGGGUAUCUGUCAGAAAGGAACUGAAAGGUGGUCGUUCGUUUCAAAAGCUGGGCUUCUGUGAUCUGAACCUGGCGGAGUUUGCGGGGUCGGGGCAGACAGUGCGCCGCUGUCUGCUGGAGGGGUACGACACACGGCAUCGGCAGGACAACUCCAUGCUCCGCGUCUCCAUCCACAUGCAUAUGCGAUCCGGCGACAUCCUCUUCAAAGUACCUUCGCCUUCGCUGAAACACAAACAGCAGGCUGUGAUAAGCGAGGAGAACUCGCUGGACAGGCAUCGAGAAGACUUGACCAGUGGCUCCAUCGCCAGCACUCACCAAGGCAGUCUCACCAAGAAGAGGCCUGCUCUAUUUGGCUCGGAACUACUGGCCAGUGACCAGCCAUGUGUGAUAGGCGGAGGUCUGCUAGAGCCGGCUGACCUGGGCAUCAUAGCAGUGGUCCCCGACCCGGUGAGCUGCGACGAGCAGGCCAAUCACGAGUCAGGGCCAGGCCAAGGAGGCCACUCCCGCAACUCGUCCAACACCAGUCAGAUGAGCAAGGUGUCCGGCUACAGCUCGCUCAACAGCCAAUCGCAGCACUCCCGCCAGAGCAGCUCCGGUGACUCGGGACACAACAGAUUGAAGGCAUUUAGACUUAAUUGGAUAUCUGAAAUCGGUGCUCUAGUCUGUUGCUUCAGAUCUGGUGUGCAUUCCUAUAAUAUUGUUGGAGCCGAAAAGCCAACUGAUAUGUAUGUAAGAAAGCAGCCCAACGUGCAAUUGUUUCGCUUCAAGUACAUAAGGUCACCAUCUUGGCCGGUGUGGGCCCCGCGUUUGGCGCCCCUGCCCUCCACCCCCCUCCACUCUGCCUCCCCCACACCACUCAUCAUCCUAAACAACAAUCACAAUCAUAAAGACAAUCAUAAUAGCGCGUCACCGCCUCCCGGUGACAAGGCACGUCCGUCCACCCCGACGGGACGGUUCCGGGCGGCGGUCAACAGUCCCCGCCCGCCGCCGCCGCGGAGUCCGUCCACCCCCAUCCGCAACACAGUGUCCGGUGCUUUCCGUUUCCCCCCUUGGUCGGGACCCUCCCCCCGCGCCACCUCUUCCCCUGUCCUACUGCACCCUUCUCCUUCCUCCGCCUCACAGCCCCCCACAGUCACUUCACCAUUAGCUUCACCCUUAACAGAGGGUUGCACCUCAAGAAGUGGUGGUGAGCUGGUGAGCAGCCUUGGCGGUCGCCAGUUGUGGAUGCGCGUUAAGAUCGUUGUGUGGGCUUAUAGGAGUGUGCACCGCAAGCUGAUUGAUGUCACCAAGCUGCCGACGGUUGCUGUCAGUCCAGAUGAGGCGGCCACGCAUGCCGACGAGGCUGACGACGCUCUGUCGACGCCACCCCCACCCCUCACCAUCGUCUUGCGACGCAACAGCCAAGUGAACGCAAGCAGUGGUUCGGGAGGCAUGAGCGAGACGGGCUCACUGGACCGGGGGAAGGCGGCGUUGGAGCGGCGCAAGAAGGCGGCAGAGGAGGGGGGCUGUGGGGGCGGCGGCACGCGCAUGGAGAUCACUCGAGUCAACCCGGACUCGCUCAUCGAGCAGAUCAUCAGAGCCACCAACCUCGAGCAGACUGACGAGCUGGCUGAGACGAGUGGACUGCAACUAUUCAUCGGAAAGGACGGUUCAACUGCACUGGGCUCACAUGACGUCAAAAAUCAGAUCUCGACGGCUGGCUUCAAGCAGGUCGUCAUGGAGGAUAGGUAACGCAAGAUGCCUCCUCACACUCUCUCUCUUUCUCUCCCACUCAUCUGGAUAUCUCUCUUCCUCGGGAAGUCUUCCAACAGCGAAGCUGCUUCAAUCGGCUACUUUAUUUAAUUGUUGUUAUUAGUGAUACAGUCGGCAGCUCGGACUUAUUUUAACCAACUUUUAAAAAGGUGCCCCACUUUCCAGCCCAUGAAUUAUAAUCAUAUCAAAGGCUGAAGAAGAACCCAAAAAUGUUCACUUGUAUAUCAGUUAUAUACAGUGUGCUCACUUCGUGUACGUAUGUAUUUUUGUCAAUAGGGCAAGGUAUAGUUGUUUAGUAAGAUGAACUGAUUAACAAAUUGAUAUUUCAAACAAUUGUAGACCAAUAAUUCAAAAUUACUACUUCCCUGUUAAUCUCUCCAGGUUGAAUUCUGUCUGUCAUCCAUUUAUGUUCAUUGUUUAGUCAUUAUAAAUAAGUAAAAAUAAAAAUCUUAGUCAAUUUGUUCUAAAUCUGUGAAUGUAUGAUUUAUUAUGGCUAUCAUGGUUAAGAGACAUAGUAAUGUUGAACUGGUUUUUAGUUUUGUAUAGUAGUGUUAUCAUACCUUCGGUCCACUUUUUCGUGUUCUGUAUAGUGUACAAUUUACAUUCUGAGUAGAUGUUGAUGAGUAUUUUUUAUCCUUCAGAGUAGGCGAUGGCCGAUGGUUGUUUCGAAAAAUUUUCUUCUUAAAUUUUAUAAAAAAACUUCUAUAAAAAACUACUGGAUUGAAAGCCUGAGGCUAAGACCUAAAACUAUUCCAAAUUUCCAGAUAUUUAUUUUUAUAUUGUUGUCAAUUAGCUUCAAAUCAAUGUCUUUAAUGUUUUAUUUAUUUUUUUGAAAGGCGGAAACUAAGAAAGCCUGAAUGCAUAUUAGAGGGGAUUGGGAGGGGGCCUUCUUUGAAACUUUGAAUCAAAUAUUAGUUCUAAAUAAUGUUGGAAGUUUUUGCUGAUAAAUGAUAAGCUUAUCUGGUCCACUGUUGAAUCGAUUUACAGUCUGAAUAAAGAAAGUAAUGACUUGAACUUCCAGCCGAAAACUGUCAAAGUUUUAAAAUUAUGUGGAAUAGCUUUCUCACACAAGUCCAAGUGAGUGACAUGAAUGAUGACGUUAGAAGAUGUCACAUUGAAUAUGUUCAGUCACAUAGGCUUGCAUGAGAAAAUCAUAAUUCCACACAAUCUGGAAACGGCGAUAUUUUAUUGAAUAGAAUCUCAAGUCUCAUCUUAUUCAGAGUAUAGUCUUACGUUUGUUGAGGCACAGUAUCUGUGAAUGCCGUCUAGCUGAAAAUCAAAAUUCCUAUCUGAAGCCUACCAUAAAAUUUAUGAUAUAAAUUCUCCAAUACUUGCGCUUCUCAAUCUUUGUCCUCUACACGAGUAUUCGGCGAGCCAUUCACGUUCCAAGUCACGUGGGCAGGGAAACCAGAGCCAGUCGCUUCCGGUUUAGGUGACCGAAAAACAAUUCUAAAUCAAUUACAUUUUUACCUGUUCAGACGAGUUUACCUGAACGUAUGUGUGUCUACUUGACGAAUAUUUCAACUUAACACUAGAACGAUUAGUCUAAAAUAAUAGACCUAAAACAAUUGGAUUUGUAUAUUUCGAAAGACGUUUUCGUCGGUAUUUGCUGUUUACUACAAUAAUUAACAAGGCAAUCAGGUGAUCUUGAAAUAGAAAAAAACAGUAUUGGACGAUGUAUAUUUUCUCAACUUGAACCAUCACACAUUCAUCCUGUUGCUGUAACUGUGAGCAUGUGAGCUCUUGCCAGUAUACUGGAGAGUACCAUUGAAUGUUGCUUGGUGUACAUUACGUGAAUGGCUGACUCGAGAGAGAACAGAUUUCAAUGAUGUCAACGACAUCAUUUCAAUGAUUUCAAUCCCAACGACAAACGUUUUUCUUGCAAUUUUUCUCAUAUUCUUCCUAGGUUCUACCUAAGAAUAUAACUUCUCUUGUCUUAUUCUUUUUGAAUGAUGAAAUAUAGUCUUCAUGUUUCUUAUUAAUCGGUGGUUUCUUUACUGGACCAAGCAUUCUCCGCGUUUACCUAAACCAAAUUUUCUCUUCCAACUUCUUUUAUAUUUGCUGGUUUUAAUUUAUGAAACUUUACGUUCCAUGCUGACUUAUUAAUAACGAUUCACACAAAAAAAAUUAUUUGAGGGAUUCAUAAGGGAGGGUGAUGAGAUUAGAUGGUCAGACACCCAUGACCUUGGCGUGAUUCAAACCCACGACUACUCGGCUAGACCGUCUUGAUUAGAACACAUAACAAAACUGAACCAUAAAAUUCAUUUAAACAAUAAGUAUUGUUACAUAAUAUGAUCAUUUCGACAAUGGUUAUCUGUUUUAUUUAGCAUAAUCCUUAACUUUUAUUUAACUUAAGCAUAUCUUGGUUUAUGCAUUGAAGAUUAAUUAUUGUAAGAAUCUUUGUUCAAGCCAGCAUUUCCAAUUUUUUUCAUUUAGGUCAGUAUUUUUCAAUCGAUGCAAUUUUCCUGUAUUUCGAGCCGUUUCUCAACUGUAUUCCUACCUACAUAAUUUAUAAAAUAUGUCAAUAUAUGUUAUAUUAAAACUCUAACUUGAUUACUCCAAUAAGCAAUAAAAAUCAUGUAACUUCUGUCUUGAAAACGGGGGUUCAAGCUUUCAAAUACAACAUUACAAAGUUCAAUAGAAGUUCCAAAAUAUUAUAAUUGAAUGAAUAAUUAUUUUAAAUAAUAUACAAUAAAUAAAAAAUACCCUGGAGGGGGUGGAUUAUUUGUGAUAGAAUUUUUGUAUCAAUAAUGUUCAAUUUUGAUCAUUAUUUUUUUGUGCAUGUAUAAAAUAGAUUUAAUUUUUUAUUUAUUCAUGAUUGAAUAUAAUACUCAACUUUCUCUAAUAAUUAAUUAACCUCAUGAUAAUUGACAUGUACGUCAAAAUUAAAGUAACGUUUUUACCAAGAUUUUGGCUGCACAACAUUACUGCAAUAUUUUCUUCGAUGCCAAACCAAUAAAGCUGAAGUAACAUUAUUUUAAAGUUGAUUAUUGAAGGUUAAAAUGCUCAAUAUGUUGUUAAAAUAUAACAUAUCUAUGUUCUCUAUGCUAGAACAACAAUCAUAAAUUAGAUUUUGAACUUCAUUAAUACAGUACCCCUUAGAAAGUUGAAUUGAAAUAUCGUAAUUAUAUCACAUUACCUAUUUAUUAUUUUUGAAUCAAAACCAAAAAAAUUAGAUGCAUUAUCAUUUUUAAAUUAUCGUGACUGCUGGUUUGAAUUGUUGGCUUUAAUAAUUUACCCUGGAGGAAGUGGAUUAUUUGUGAUAAAAUUUCUGUAUCAAUAAUGUUCAAUUUUGAUCAUUAUAUUUUUGAGUAUCUAGAAAAUAGAUUUAAUUUUAUAUCUAGUCAAAUAAUAGGAGCCAUGUAAAUAUGCUGUUGCAAGUUUCUUUCUUCGACUUUUUUAUUUAAAUAUUAUUAAAAAGUAUUAAUAAUUUUA